AUGCCGUCCUCGUCAAACCAUGAUACCUGGAAGGAGGAGGAGAUUCUCGACAACUUCAAACAGGGAUUCGUCAGGUUCUACUACAAAGGCUUUCGCGCGGAAGCCAGUGAAGUAUGCCAGAUCUACAGCAACUUGCUUGAGUUGCCGCAGGAAACCCUCACCGACCACUUCAAAAACGAAGACGAGGCAGAGUGGGCGCGGUUGAAGAAGAGGAUUCAGAGCAAGAAGACAAGUGAGAGUGUGUGGACAAUCAGCCGCUCUUUUUCGGACACGGCGGAGGUCCUGAUUCAGUGUGGAAGACACGAAGAAGGUAAGCAGUUCUAUGUGUAUGCGAAGCACGUCCAGAAGCUGGCGGAGGCUCUUUAUGCGGAGGAGGAGAACCGCAAGUAG